AUGGCUUUUCAAGUGUUGGUCAUCUGUUUCAUCUCCACCAUCGUGUUUGCAUCCAUACUAAUGCUAUGGAGAAAACAUAGCAAAACCCUCCUUCCACCAAGUCCCAAAGCUCUUCCCAUCAUUGGUCACCUCCACCUUCUCUCCCCGAUACCUCACCAAGAUUUUCACAAGCUCUCAAUCCGUUAUGGACCCAUCAUGCACCUUUUUCUUGGCUCAGUCCCUUGCGUGGUGGCUUCCACCGCAGAAGCCGCCAAAGAGUUUCUCAAAACUCACGAACCCUCCUUCUCCAACCGCCCUGCUCAAACUGUUGCCAUUGAGGCCUUUUCCUACGGUUUCCAAGACUUCUUGUUCGCACCGUACGGACCCGGUUGGAAGCUCAUGAAGAAACUCUGCAUGACUGAACUUCUCGGCGGUCGCAUGCUCGACCAGUUCCUUCCCGUGAGGCAGCAAGAGACCAAGAUAUUCAUCCAACGAGUGCUCCAAAAGGGGAUUGCUGCUGAGGCCGUGGAUUUUGGAGCAGAGUUGAUGACGCUUUCGAUUAACAUCGUGUCCAGAAUGACCGUGAGUCAGACGAGUUCUGACAACCAGAACAAAGCUGAAGAGAUGAGGAAGCUGGUAUCGGAUGUCGCGGAACUCAUAGGGAAGUUCAACAUAUCAGACUGCAUUUGGUUCCUGAAGCGCUUUGAUUUGCAAGGAUUCAACAAGAGGCUCAAGGAAACAAGGGACAGGUUUGAUGCUCUGUUGGACGGAAUCAUAAAGCAGCGUGAAAAGGAAAGAAGGAACGACAACCAAACCGGUGGAACACGACCAUUUAAGGAUAUGCUUGAUGUUUUACUGGACAUGUUCGAAGAUGAGAAUUCCGAAAUGAAAUUAAACAAAGAGAACGUUAAGGCCUUCAUCAUGGACUUAUUUGUUGCUGGGACUGACACAUCAUCAGUAACCAUAGAAUGGGCUAUGGCAGAGUUAAUCAAUCACCCACAUGUAUUAGAGAAGGCAAGGCAAGAGAUUGAUGUAGUGGUUGGAAAAAGUAGAAUAGUAGAAGAAUCAGAUAUUGUCAACCUUCCUUACCUGCAAGCAAUUGUUAGAGAAACAUUUAGGCUUCACCCAGCUGGUCCAUUGAUUGUUAGAGAGUCAUCAAGAAGUGCUGUUGUUUGUGGGUAUGAUAUUCCAGCCAAGACUCGAUUAUUUGUGAACGUUUGGGCUAUUGGUAGGGAUCCCAAUCAUUGGAAGAACCCCUUUGAGUUCAGGCCAGAGAGGUUUACUGAAAAUGGACAGAGUCAAUUGGAUGUUAGAGGACAACAUUUUCAUCUACUUCCGUUCGGGAGUGGAAGAAGAGGAUGCCCAGGUACUUCAUUGGCGUUGCAGGUCGUGCAUGUGAAUCUGGCUGUGAUGAUUCAGUGUUUCCAAUGGAAGGUUGAUAGUGGUAAUGGGAAAGUGGACAUGGAAGAAAAGUCUGGCAUCACUCUUCCCAGGGCUCAUCCUUUAAUUUGUGCCGUUGUUCCGAGGUUUAACCCAUUCCCGAAUAUGUGA